UAGAAAGUUGUCAUGCUACAAAACGUGAGCGAUUCUUCAGCAAGGUUUCAAUUGAUGGCAAGACCGAAUUAUUCUCAUUUCACUGUCAUGAUCGGACGUAAAACACAAACGGCGAGUAUUUCUCCAGGGUUAUAUAUAAAAUUGAUUGUUUUCUUUCGUUGCGACAUCUUGGACGAGCCCGAAGAAAUGUUAGUGAUAAAUGUACGACAAGGACGUUCAGUAAUGAUUAAAUUACGUGGUUACCGAGAUCCACCGUUAUUGAGAGCAAUUAAUAUCCCUCAUUUCCAAUGUCCACCACAACAACUGCAAACGAUGGUAAGAAACACAGAAUGGAAAUUGACUGUAGAAAUUCCAUAUCGACGAGUGGAUUCUUACGAGGACUACUCUACCGAUACAAGCAGGAGUGCAGCUAGCACAUCUAUAGAAAGUGUGACGCCUGCACACAGGAAAUUAAAAAGUUUCGACUGUGGGACGUGUCUCGUAGGUGAAAGAGUCACCUUACCCCUGAUGAUUAAAAAUGUCGGUGGCGAGGGCAGAUUCUUCAUUAUGAGCGAAAUCGAUUGGUGCUCGAUGCACAUUGAGGUAAAAUUUAUGAAGCCGUUACCAGCAAUAAUUAUACAAGUGUAUUUCUACCUCGUUCUAGGAUGUUGCUAGCAAUAACAUGCUGAUUCUACCAUCUUUCGCCAUGUGGCCUGCGUAUUUUACGCUCAAACCGCAAGAGCAUAUAUAUUUGUACCUCUACUUCUUUCCCAAUGUUCACGGAAUGCAUGUAAAUUAUAGUUUAUAUAAUUAUAGCUUUUCCAUCAGAUAACUCUCCCUCCUUUUCCUUAAAGUCUGUUUCUUUUUCUCUCAUAAAUUAGGUAGAAACAUUGUAUGCAAUUUGUAACAAUUGUUCCGUGGUAACGACAGAGAUUAUUGGAGAUGCGGUCACGUAUGAAGAACGGUAGAAUAUACACACUUGUUAUAUUCACGCAGAAAUAUCAAGUACCGUUUGAUACUGUGUUGACAGAUGUAAUAAAAGAAUGUUUGUUUCAAGAAUCAAAGAAACAAAUUCUAGCGGUCAAA